GAUUCAAAUUUACGUCAACGUCCGUUACGUUGGUGACGUCACCGCGAGCGCGAGAAGACGAAGUGAGGAGCAGAAAGCGGUGUUCGUGUUAGUUCUGGCCCGUUUGGACCCAAACUAAAGUGUAUCAGUAUGAAGCAGGCGGUGACGGCGCAGUGGUUCACUGUCGGAGCUCGGUUCACUAAUGACCGAAUCACCGAGGAACCGACCAAAGAUAACUCACACCCGCACAGAGAAGAAGAACAAGAGAAGUCUGACGGAUAAGAUGCGCACGACUUUAACAUCAUGAAGGACCUUUCCACUCACACCAGACUGACCCCAGAACAGUGGGAGAACCGCCUCAACAGAUUCAUCAACAACAUGAGCAGGAAUGCCAGUGUUCAGACUACACUCAGCACAUGGGGUCUAAGCUUUGAGAACAAGCUGCUGAAUCUGACUGGAAGAGUUCUUCCUGCUGAGAGGAUCCUACAGGGAGCGAGAGCAGUAAGGGGGACCACAGAGAACACAACUGCACACGACACGUGUCGCACUCUUGCUGAGUGUAGUGUGUGUGCGCAGUACGAGUACAACCCAUGUGACGCAGAUUGGUCUAAAGAGAUGCGAGGGCUUCCUUUGAUGACCAGCAUGCCUCUGGAGACCUGGCUGCUGUCCCAUACGCGCCGUAACGCUGAAGUCGCUCACUCACUGCUGCAGACCCUCAACAAAGUGCCCGUGGGCAUCCACCUUCAGAGGCCGGGAAUGAUGGAGUACGAUGAUCGACAGGAGGCUCUGCUCAGAGCUCUGCAGCAGAGAGUGGGGCAACAGGUUCAGAUGGUGGUUGUGAUCCUGUCAGCCAACCGUAAGGAUAAAUACGAUUGUGUGAAGAAGUACCUGUGUGUGGACUGUCCCACUCCAAGCCAGUGUGUGGUGGCUCGCACCCUCAGCAGACCUCAGACCCUCAUGACCAUAGCCACAAAGAUCUCCUUGCAGAUGAACUGCAAGAUGGAAGGAGAGCCGUGGAGCGUCGAGAUCCCGUUGAAGCACCUGAUGAUGUUGGUAUCGACUGAUACCACGACAGUGCCGCAGGAAAGAGAUCCAUCGGUGCACUGGUGGCCAGCCUCAACCCGGGCAUGUCCAGCUGCGCUGAAGGCCUACUUCAAAUACAACGAAUGUUUGCCGUCACGCAUCGUGGUGUGGGCGACGGCGUGCUGCUGAGCGUAGUCGACUACAAAGUGCCUCAGUUCACGCAGUCCAUCAAGGCCAUGGGUGAAGAUUACGCGCCCAAACUGACCGUGUUGGUGGUGAAGAAACGCAUCUGUUCCAGAUUCUUCGCUCUCCUCGACGCCAGACUGAGCAACCCUCCUCCCGGAACAGUCCUCGAUGCCGAAGUCACGUGACCCAAGUGGUACGACUUCUUCAUCGUGAGUCACAAAGUGUGCUUCGGCAGUGUGGCCCCCACUCACUCCAACGUGGUGUAUGACAGCAGUGGCCUCAAACCAGACCACAUGCAGAGACUCGCCUACAAACUCUGCCACCUGUAUUACAACUGGCAGGUAAAAGCCACACACACGUUCAUACGGGAGGAGGGUUGCUCAGUCAACGAUUUUCAUUAUCGAUUUUCAUCAACUAUUAUGGAUUAGUUGUUGCAGCUCUAUUUGCAACACAUUAUACUAAGAAUUGUGGUAUUUUAAGAUGUUUGUUCAAGGUAAUGCAGUUAAUACCCAUUGCAGUUCUUUAUACUUCGGGGUUAUUACUCAGAUUAUAAAUGUAUUUGAGUGAGGACAUUUAUCACCUGUGUGCUUUUUCUGCAUUGUUAUUAGCAUAUGUACUGUGUGGUUUAGUAAAAUAAUCAUUAGCCAUUACGUUGUUAUUCUGAUUACUGUGUGUGUGUGUGUGUGUGUGUGUGUGUGUGUUCAUGCUCUUGGGUGUGUGUGCUGUGUGCUGCACUUCCUCUUUUUGGUCAGGCCCUACGCCUGCUGUAGUUAACUUUUAAGAGACAUUGUCUAUAAGGAAGAGAGCGUGACUCUGCUCUUCCCCUUAUUUUCAAUAAAUUCUUAUUCUCCAUAUUUUGUAAUGUUUUAUUGUGAAGUUUAUAUUUGUUACACUCAGUCUGUGGACUUCAUUUUAAAUAAACAAAAACAAAUGGUACUGAAAGUUCGCUCCACUCCAUCCAAUUAAUCAAAAAAAUUAUUGGCCAACUAAUCGAUUAUGAAAAUGAUCGUUAGUUGCAGCCCUAAUA